CGUCGGAAACAUGACUUUCUACGAUUUGAUAUCCUGCGUUUUCGCUGUUCUGCUUCUCCUCUUCUUCCCAAUUGCUGUCAGUGCAGAUAGCGCUCCAAGAACAUCACAGGAUGGUUCUGGAAAAGAAUUCGCCCCGGCAGCCUUCACAGACAUGAUGCCACGACCGGAUCUAUUCAGCAUCCCUUGCUUCGCUUGUCUUAUGGAGGAAUGUCCCGAGGUUCGCAGAUAUGCCGCAAACACCACGAUUUGGACAAAAUGCAAUCUUGCCGGCACACUGUACCCUGGGUUCCGCGACAAUUGGGUUGAGACGGUCGAUGGAUGCUACAUCAAUGAUUGCGACUUCUCAUACUAUCCUCACUGGACAAAACGGCAAGUAGAAAUAUCAGCAGACCCAAUAUGCGACAAGGAAAAAGCACUCCGCAUGCCCAAUACCACGCAACCACACCACAUCUCAGCCCGGCAAGAUCCCGAACCCGACCCAGAGCCGACCUACACCCCUGUCACAAUCGACCCGCAACACGACAUGCAAUGCCUCGUCUGUGCAGACCGCCAAUGCGCAGUCGAAACCACAUACACACGCAACACUACCGUCGACCUCGAAUGUUGGACUGUCUCCACCAUGGGCCCAGGCGACGUGAUUUCAUUCCCAAGCUAUGACGAACGCUGGGUCAUGACAAAAGAAGGGUGCUACCUGGCCAUUGGCGAUGUCAGUACCCCGUGUCCAGGGUGGUCAGACACAGUGUCGUGUAUGGAGUACUGUGAGCCGCCGCCGCAUUACUGGGCCAGCGUGAAAGACUGGACGUUGGCGAAGCAGUGUGCGAGGAAUUGCUCGGAUGCGACGGGGUGGACGCGGGAAUUGUAUGUAGUUGAUCUUGAUUGUUGGGAUUAUGGAGAUGAGGUGCAAGGGAGUGAUGUAUGGUAUCGGGGGACAGAGUUUGAGUAUGUUAGUGACUGGUGGCUUGUUUGGUGGCCGAGGGCUGCAUUGGGCAAGUUUGGGGGAACAGGCGAACCGCCUCAACAGUGUGUUGAGGAUGGGAAUUCUACUGAGAUAAGAUCGCGACGGCGGUCGGGUGCGGUGGGCGAUGCGCAGAAUGUUGAGUACGAGCGCAGAGGCGAGACCAAGGCGGUUGGACACGCGGAACCUAGAGGCUUGCAGACGGUGUAUGCCUAUGUUAAUGAGGUCGAUACUCGCUGUCGUCUCUGCGCGAAGAGAAUCUGCCCUUACUACACCGUCUACCAACCCGGCGAGAACAUGGAUUUCACGUGUUUCGUCUACGGCAGUGUGGUCGACGGAAGCGACAUCUGGCUGAAAUCCGGAGAGGGAGUUCGGUGUUACGUCCCUCGACGCUACGUUACGCUCAACGGAGGAUCUUCGAUAAGUUACUGUCGUGAUGACUCGCGAAACUCGAUAUCGCCCCCGACAGAAGAAGUGAUAUCCCCUUCUGACGUCGUUGCUGGAGAUGAACAUCCAGUCUCCAUCGCUGAACGAGCACCCGCGCCCCAGGUUUCAGAUCCCUCACAGUCACCGGAUCCUCCGGAAUUGGAUCAGUGUCAGCGAUCUCCAGGGUAUUGGGAGCAGUGGUGUUAUAAUCAGGCGUUGUUUUGCUGUGUGAGUCGGACGCCUGUGGACUUAUUUUGGGAUUGUUCGAGUGAGAGAUCAAUUGCUGCGUGGAAGGGAGCUUGUCGGGACUUGAAGACCAGAACCGAGUGUUCGGAAGCGAGGAGGAUAGGAAAUAUCAUGGAAGGGUGCGAGAGUGGCAACGUGUAG